AUGGAAGAGAGGCUCUGUCGCAAUGGUGGGAAUGAUGACAAUAGUGGGGUGCGCUGCUGGAGGAGAACGAUGACAAGAGGACGGAGGCGGCCGGAUUGGGUUGGUUGCUUGGUUGCAGCAGAGGACGUCGGUGGCGGCAGAUUUGCUGCCUUCCGGCGGGGGAGAGUUCCAACGACGAGUCGACGACAAGAGGACGAAGGCGGCGGGAUUGGGGUGGUUGCAGCGGAGGAAGUUGUCGGCAGCUGA